CUUUCAGGCCCCCCCUCAUCAUACGACGCAGUUUCAGCCGCUCCAGCUCAUGCUUUUCUAAUUAUUUCCCUUCCGUCAACUCCAGCUCAUCAUUUGUAAUGCUCAUUAUGUAUACAUAUAAGAAGUAAUUGAACUAAGCUCUCGGAUGGAUGCUUCUCUUCUCUGAUGUUUUUCCUUCAAUUUGAGCUCUUAAGAUGAGCAAUCAUCCGGCCAAGCACGGAUUUGGAAAAGGAAAUUCUGGAAUGUAGCAAUGUACUGCAAUUCGAUCAAAUUUAGAUUCGUUUUUCGUGCCUCCCUGUGUGUGUGGGGUUGAUUUACUCUUUAGGGAUUCAUAGAAUUAUUGUUUAUAGUAUGAAGAAUUUCAACUGGUUCAAGCAAAUUGUGGCGAGUAACGGGAAGCUUGAGAGGCGGCUGUCGCUGGCAGAGUACAAGCGGGCAGCGUCAUGGUCCAAGUACCUCGUCUCCUCGGGGGCGGCGAUUAGGGAGGAAGGCGGCCAUGAGUGGAGCGCCGACAUGUCGGAGCUAUAUAUUGGGAACAAGUUCGCCUCUGGGCGGCACAGUAGGAUCUACAGAGGGAUUUACAAGCAGAGGGAUGUUGCAAUUAAACUCAUUAGCCAGCCUGAGGAGGAUGGGGAUUUGGCCUCUUUCCUCGAGAAGCAGUUCUCCUCUGAGGUUGCGUUGCUGCUUCGGCUCAGACAUCCCAAUAUCAUCACUUUUGUUGCGGCAUGUAAGAAACCCCCUGUGUUCUGCAUAAUCACCGAGUAUGUACCUGGAGGCUCCCUAAGAAAAUACCUACAUCAGCAGGAACCGUACUCCGUGCCUUUCGGCCUGGUGCUGAAGUUGGCGCUUGACAUUGCACGCGGGAUGCAGUACCUUCAUGCUCUGGGGAUACUCCACAGAGAUCUGAAAUCGGAAAAUUUGUUGCUUGAUGAUGAUAUGUGUGUGAAAGUCGCUGAUUUCGGGAUAUCGUGCUUAGAAUCCCAAUGUGGUAGUGCAAAGGGAUUCACCGGAACGUACCGUUGGAUGGCACCAGAAAUGAUCAAGGAAAAACCUCACACUAGAAAAGUUGAUGUCUACAGUUUCGGCAUAGUUCUUUGGGAACUCUUAACGGCAUUAACUCCAUUCGAUAAUAUGACACCAGAACAGGCAGCAUUUGCUGUCUGCCAAAAGAAUGCAAGACCACCAUUGCAUUCUGAGUGCCCAAUGGCAUUCCAGAAUCUUGUUAACCGGUGUUGGGCAAGUAAUCCUCGCAAGCGGCCACACUUCAAGGAAAUUGUAACAAUUCUUGAAGGUUAUGUAGAGUCAUUUCAACGCGAUCCAAGCUUCUUUUCAACGUACCAACCUUCCACGGAUGCACUACUGCCCUUGCGGUGCCUGACAAAAUGUAUGUCUACUAAUUGAUAUUGGAGGGUGCACGAACCAUACGUAUGUCUUCAACUCUUAUGUGUAGUUUAUCAAUUUUUUUGCCGCAUUUUUUGCCAGGCAACACAAAACCUUUUCUGCAAUGGCUAGUGUGUCUCAUAGUUUCCACUUUCUUUCGAAAUGUAUCUUUGUUGUCAAUGGGAGAGCACUUCAUUCGCGUUUAUUUGUUGAAUGUUUGGAAAUUAAGGACAUUUCCUAAUGUGUACUCUAGGUAUUUGUUACAUUUUCUCAUGUUAUAUAUGCCCACAAAAUUAAGGGCAUUUACUAAU